AUGAUUGCGCCCAGGUUUGAGGAUGGGGCACUUGGGGUGUUGGAUGUCUCCGAGCCUGUUGAUGUUUCUGAGGCAAUAGAGGAGGCCGCCAAAGAAGGAGAAGAUGCAGUCGUAGACAGAUCUAUUGACAGGACGGUAGUUGACCCCGACGGAGAUGGAGAUGCGGUCGUAGACGGAUCCGUUGACAAGACGGUAGUUGACCCCGACAAAGUGGAUGUAGAGGAAGUGAUGGUUGAAGUGGUGGUGGUUCUCGGCACAUUAGGCAACAAACCGAUGACCCCAGCUGUGGUCAAUGAGAGUGUGUCAUCUGGACACAUGCCCGUCGUACACGGAUCACUUGAGCAGCAACCGCGAAAGUUGCCUGCAGUGCAGACAUACCACAGCUUGCUCCCGGUGCAAUCAUUAGAGUCUCGAGGGAUGAUAGACUCGAGGGGCUCGAGAGAAUCUAUCUCAAACACCAUCCUCAAAUAUCAAGUCCCAUGCACCGAAUCCAAAGGCAACUUGGUCAAAUCGCAAGACACAGCAGUUAUGCUGGAUAGCACAAGCUUGAACGACUGGAGGCGAGAGGUCUCGUUCUUUCAAUGA